AUGACAGCAAACCUUCUGGACGACUUUAAUUUCGCAACCGCCUGUCGGAUAGCAAUUGCUGGGUUCCUCCGCUUUGGAGAGUUCACUUACAAGAAAGAAGACUUCGGCACGCGCUCCGACGUCAGAUUCUCGUCCUCGUUAGAUCAUGCGCAACUCACACUCAAGCGGAGUAAGACGGACCGCCGCCACGAAGGAGUACAGAGUGUUCUUGCAAAAACAGGAGACGAAGCGUGCCCGGUAGACGCGCUUCAGAAGCUACUACUUCUCGACCCGAAAGGGCCCGAUGCCCCGUUAUUUUUCUUCCACCGAAAACCAUUCAGUCGCAACCAUUUCCUCUCUACCUUAUCUACUAAAGCUAAGAGCACUCGGGAUACAGACGGACGGCUACUCAGGCCACAGCUUUCGGAAGGGUUCGGCUCAACAUGCGCACGAUAG